AUGAUUUUGAGAAAGCAAGGUGUUGUUAAUGAGGACAUGAUCAGUAAGUUGUCUGAAGCUUUGCUUCUGCAGAUAUUGUCUUGUCUUCCCAUAAAAGUUUUCAUAGCCACAAGUGUUUUGUCUAAACGAUGGCGAACCCUUUGGAAGCUGGUGCCGAAACUUGAGUUUGAAUCUACCAAUCAUCAGAAGUUUUCAGAGAACGUUGGCAGGUUUUUGCUUUCACACAAAGCACCAGUGUUGGAGAGUUUGCAUCUCAAAUUUUUUCAUAAUUGUCGUGCUAUAGAUAUUGGACUAUGGGCUGGAAUUGCGUUUGCACGCAAUCUGCGUGAGUUCGUGCUCGAUCAUCGCUUGGAAGCGAAAAUCAAAUUUCCAAGUAGCUUGUUUAGCUUUAAUAAUACACUGGUGACCUUGAAACUCAAGAAUUCGGUUCUUGUAGAUGUUCAAUCUCCUGUUUGUAUGAAGUCCCUCAGAACUCUGCACCUUCAUUGUGUGGAUUUCGGAAACAAUGCAUCUUUCCGUAACAUUAUAUCUGGAUGUCCUAAUCUUGAAAAUUUGGUCAUGUGUCGAGAUUAUCCUAAGAAUGAUCUGACUUUCUUUAUUGUGGCACCAUCCUUGAAGAGGCUAUCGAUUAAAGAUUACACUGGUGUAGUAAAGAGUGGUGGUUAUACGAUAAACGCUCCCUCUUUACAGUACUUGAGAAUUAGAGGGAUUAGUCAUUCUGAGCGCUGUUUCAUUGAGAAUGCGCCCGAGCUAGUUGAGGCAAAUAUUAGUAAUGUUUCUCCAGUAAUUAAUGAGAGGUUUCUUAUAUCUCUCAAGUCAGCCAAACGUCUUCUCUUGGACUUAUCACCCUUGGAGGUUAUGUUUCCUACCGGAGCUAUCUUUUAUCGGCUGGUUUAUUUAGAGAUGUAUACACAUAAAUUGGAGUGGUGGAAUCUACUUGCGCUCAUGCUCGAUAGCUCUCCUAAACUACAAGCCCUCAAGCUCAUUGAUCAAUCCCAGAAAUCUGAUAAAGAUUGUGUGGUCGGUGGGAAAUGGAACCAACCAAAGGAUGUUCCUGAAUGUUUGUUGUCCCAUCUCGAGACAUUUGUGUGGACAAUAUAUAAUUGGGAUAGAGAAGAGGAGAUAGAAGUGGCUACUUACAUUCUAAGGAACGCAAGACGACUGAAGAAUGCAACGAUCUCCACAAGACCCAUUCAAUACAAAGAGCUCAGCAAGUUGGAAGAGAGAUAUAAGAUGCUCAUGGAGUUGGAUGGUGUGGUUAGGGCAUCAAAUUCAUGCCACCUUGAUAACACUAUCGAACCCGUGUGGGACACUUAUGGUCGCUCUGUGCAUCCCACUUGCGAGCUUGGUUCGUUGAAUAGAACAGACAUAAACAAUGUUAAUUUGUAA